CGUGUUCAGCCUCGCUGACCUUGCCACGACUGAAACAGCAGCGUAACUGUGGAUAUCGUCGAUUACUGCUGAGUGAGCGGCCGCUACUUAUAUCAACCUACGUACUAGCGUCACAUCAGUCGGGCGACGACGCUUGCUGAAGAGGUGCUGAGAAGCUUUCUAUUUCAGGAUGACGGAUGGCUGUGUAGUGGGAUGGUGUGGUCGUGGUGAGGGCCCAAGGAAGUUUACACGCAGGCCUGUGCAAGUGUGCUAUGAUUCACCUGCUGCUGCUGCUGUUAAUCGUUCAUACUAUGAUGACCGUCGUUAUGAGGCACUCACAGGUGACAGGGUUCUUGAACUCAUUGUGCCAAAGAAGUCUGCUCGCACGUGGAAAGUGAUGCAAGGGGAGCUGUGUCGGAUAACUGUCUGUGAAGGUUCACAGGUUGGUGAUUUAAACUUCUGGAAUCUUCACAAUACAAAGGAAAGAUUUUAUUCUGGAAAAACACGUCAGCUACAUUCUGCACAUCUGACUGUUUAUGACAGAUUGUGGAGCAAUUUACCGUACCUACGUCCAAUGGCAACUGUAGUUGCUGAUUCCAUUAAGUAUGGUAUAGAUGAGGAUGGUGCAGGUGUACAUGAUGUUAUAGGAACUAGGUGUGAUCAGUAUACAACAAAGCUAAUUACUGGGAAAGAAACAAAUGACUCGUGUCAUGCAUACUUAACAGAAGCUGUAAAGAAAGAGGGCCUGACAGAAGAUGAUGUACAUGAUGUAUGGAAUAUAUUUAUGUGCACAGGAUUCACUAAGGAUACACACCAGUACUUUGCCAAAGCCAGCCCAGCGAAGAAAGGUGACUACAUUGAAUUUAUAGCAGAUAUGGAUCUUCUUGUAGCAUUAAGUGCAUGUCCACAUGGAGAUGUAUCGAUCCCAGUUGGCAGAGAAAUACCUGACAGCAUUUGCCAUCCUCUGAAAGUUGAAGUUUUUAAAGCAAAGAAACCAGCAGCAUAACUCUGUAUUUAAGGGUUGGUUAUGUGCCAUCUCAGCCAGUUCUCGCAUUUUGAUACCUUGGCAUAAUUACCAGUCAACCAUAUGUACAGGUGUCAAUAAGCAGAGGCACACUCAGUCAUCUACCACUAGAGCUGUCUCUACUGUUCUUCACCAUUUUUCUGUGGAGAAGAAAAGGAAUAUAUUGCUGAUAUAUGCUGUCUUAAGAUAGUGCAGUUUUUUUAACUUUACAGUUUUUGCAUGUGCAAAAUAAUCUGAAAAUAAUUGAAGUAUCUGCAAUUUUUUUACUAGUGUGUACUAGAAGUGUGUAUUGGUUUUAGUUAUAACAACUGAGUUUCUUCUUAUGAAGUUAUUGUUCAAACAGUAAGAAAGACUAAAUUCUUCAAAGAAUAAGAAAAUUUUUAAUGUAUAUAGAAAGAUAAUAUGUAUACAGAAUGUGCAGUAUCACUGUUGUAUAUAUUUCCAAUGGAGGUUACUUUUACAAUUACUUUUAUUUGAUGUAUCAUCAGUUGUAUAAAGACUAAAUA